CAGAAGGUUGGGUCUAUUAACUGAAGUUCCUGGCUUGCCAAAAGCCUGUCCAAGCAAUGAUGGAAUUAGCAACCAGAGCCGUUCGCAAAUUAAGCCACUGCACAACGAGGAGCACAUUGUACACAGUAACGGCUCAGAACCCAAACUUUCUCCACAACAUGGAUGACAAUUCCAGAGCCUGCGACACCACAAUAGAUGCCGCACAAGUGGAGUAUCGAGAAGCGGAGGCCGUGGCAGAGAGCGAGUCCUCUUCAAUACACAGUGAACAGUUCAGUACAGUACCGCUACCACAAAACCUCCUACAGGUUCUUAAUAAUUUCAUUGAUGGGGAACAGCCAAACACCAGGAAUGGGUUGUACUUUCGAGACGGGAAGAGAAAAGUGGAUUAUGUGUUGGCAUACAACUACAGGACACACGUCUCUGUAAAGAGCGCCUUGGUUUCCCAGGGCCUAGCGGUGAUUUCGAACGGCAGCUCUGUGAACCCAGAAGGAAAGGACCAGGUGCAAACCCAACAGUCUUCACAACACGAACAAGGGCUCGUAAUGGAAGUGGCUCCCCAGGAUGUGCUGGAAGACGAUAGGAGAUCUCGUAGAGAGGCGUUCCAGCGCAAAUUGGUGGAGGCUGGGCUCGAGAUCGAAAGUGACGAGGAGAACAAAAACCAAGGAACUGGCUUCAUCCGAAUACAUGCUCCAUGGCACACUCUGAGUAGAGAAGCAGAAUUCCUCAAAAUAAAGGUGCCCACGAAAAAUGUCUAUGAAGUAAAAGAAGAAAGUGGGAUUAUAACCGCACUUAAUAAAGUUUGGCACAAGAUCACAAAGCCUUUUGAACCCAAGGUGCAACACGUGGAAAAUGACACCAAGACCAAGCACAUCUCGUAUGAUUUCUCCAGAGAAAAGAUCCACCUAUACAACAUCAAAGACAAGGAGACGUUCUUCAACAGUGCCACACGAAGUCGAAUAGUCUAUGAAAUCUUGAAGGUCACAGGCAGCACCAAAGGACAGUAUGGCAGUACAGGUAUUGCAGCUUUAAUAGCGAAUGGCACCUACGAUUCAGCCUACCCCCUUCAUGAAGGGAAUUAUGAAGGCGAUGAGGUGAAUGAGCGGAAGAUGCUGCAUGAAGAAUGGGCCAGAUAUGGCGCUUUUUACAAAUACCAGCCGAUUGACCUCAUAAGGAAGUAUUUUGGAGAAAAUAUCGGUCUGUACUUUGCAUGGCUGGGGGUCUACACUGAGUUUCUUAUUCCGGCGUCAGUCGUGGGAAUCAUAGUGUUUCUGUAUGGAUGUGCAACACUGGACACCAACAUACCAAGCCUUGAGAUGUGUGAGCACAACUUUACCAUGUGCCCCCUGUGUGACCAGUUUUGUGACUACUGGAACCUCAGCACAGCCUGCUCCACCGCCAAAGCCAGCCACCUCUUCGACAACCCGGCCACCGUCUUCUUCUCCGUAUUCAUGGCUCUCUGGGCCACUAUGUUUCUAGAGCAUUGGAAGCGGCGACAGAUGAGUCUGUGUUACCAAUGGGAUCUCACUGGUCUGGAGGAGGAGGAGGAGCACCCACGACCUGAAUAUGAAACAAAACUGUUUCAGAAGAAUCGGAAGAAAGGGAAACAGAAAAAUAGAAAAAGGAGCAAGACUGAGGCCAAGGAAGAGAAUAGGGAUUCCGGCAAAAACAAAUGGAGAGAGACGGUCCUGUCUACCAUGGGAGAAGAAAGCUUGGAGAAGCUCACGUGGAGAGACCGGAUACCUGGCUACUUUAUCGGUCUUUCCUCUGUCUUGUUCAUGUUUGGCCUGACGUUCUCGGCUGUCUUCGGAGUGAUCGUCUACAGAAUAACCAUGUCUGCCAUAAUGGCAAUGAGCUCCAAUCCGAGCACCAGGGCAAACGUCCGAGUCACAGUGACUUCCACUGCCGUCAUCAUCAACCUGGUGGUCAUCCUGAUACUGGAUGAGAUUUACGGGGCAGUGGCCAAAUGGCUAACAGAAAUUGAAAUUCCCAAAACAGAGAAGUCCUUCGAGGAGCGGCUGAUCGUGAAGUCAUUUCUUCUCAAAUUCAUGAACGCUUAUGCACCGAUCUUCUACGUGGCGUUUUUCAAGGGACGAUUCAUGGGCCGGCCUGGGGACUAUGUUUACGUUUUUGACAACUACAGGAUGGAGGAGUGCGCCCCCGGAGGCUGUCUGAUAGAGCUCUGCAUACAGCUGAGCAUCAUUAUGCUGGGGAAGCAGCUCAUUCAAAACAACCUCUUUGAAAUCGGCAUCCCGAAGCUAAAGAAGCUACACAGAAAGCUGAAGGACAAAGGGACCAAACCUGAAGAAAGCAACACUAACCAGACCAGACCACCCCAGCAAUGGGACCUGGACUAUAACCUGGAGCCGUUCACUGGCCUGACCCCAGAGUACAUGGAAAUGAUUAUCCAAUUUGGGUUUGUCACUCUCUUCGUCGCCUCGUUCCCACUGGCUCCUCUGUUUGCUCUUCUGAACAACGUCAUAGAGAUACGACUUGAUGCCAAGAAGUUUGUGACCGAGCUGAGGAGGCCUAACGCUGUGCGGGCGAAGAGCAUCGGUAUUUGGUACAACAUUCUCAGUGGCAUGGGCAAGUUUUCCGUUAUCAUUAAUGCCUUUGUCAUCUCCUUCACCUCGGAUUUCAUCCCCCGCCUCGUCUACCAGUACUUGUACAGUGAGACUGGGACCAUGGACGGGUUUAUCGACCACACCUUGUCUCACUUCAAUGUCAGCCACUUCAAGCCCGGAUCCGCUCCUGUCUUCUCUGAGUUCCACAAACAGAUUGUGAUCUGCAGGUACAGGGACUACAGAGAACCACCUUGGUCAUCAAACCCAUACGAGUUCUCCAAGCAGUACUGGUCUGUGCUGGCUGCGCGCCUUGCCUUCGUCAUCCUGUUUCAGAACCUUGUGAUGCUUCUCAGCGAGGGGCUGGACUGGAUGAUCCCAGACAUCCCUAAGGACAUCAGUGAGCAAAUCAAGAAGGAGAAGACCCUGAUGGUGGACGUGUUCCUCAAAGAGGAGCACGAGAAGCUGCAGCUGAUCCAGAACUUCCUCAAGAAAGACCAGCCCGCUCAGCCAAAGCCCAAUCUGAAAACCUUAGCCCCCCGGAGCCGAGCGUCCAGCCUAUGCCAGUUCAGCCCGGAGAAGAAACCCAGCCAUGGCACCCAGCACACUGACGUGUGAGCUUCCCUCUCCCUGAGGAACGAUUCUGCAGACAGACGCGCAAGAAGCCAGCGGAAAUCUUGAGUGUGGAAGAAAGUUAGUUAUUUUCUUCACCGAAGGGCUACAGAACAGACAUUAUUUCAGGUGCAGAAACAUUUUAGCGAAUGAACUUUUACUGCUGUAAUGAAUUUUGCACUCUUCCUGUUUUUUAUUACAUCAUUUUCUUUUGUCAUGUUAUUGGAUGGCAAGGACACCUCGCUACGGAGAAUAUUACUGUACUCUUUUUACGGUUCGCCUGUAACUUAAACCUUAAAUCAGGAAGCUGGUGUGAUAGGAUAAUGAUUAGUUAGUCAAGAGUUUCGUUCCAUCUACGCCAUGUGAUUUUCCUGUGGGGGUGGAAACCGUGUCUUAAUUCCUAUACUUUAUUAAAAGAACUGUGUUUUGUGCUUUUAAGAAGUUAUCAUGCAUAAAAAAGGACUGUUACGCUUAGAGCACUGUAUAGGGUAAGUAAUGGCCAUUCACUUGCGUAAAUCAGAAGUGGAAUGCGUCCGAACACAAUCCAUGCAACGAUGAUGCUGUUUUUCAGCUAAUACGCAUGUUAUAUUGAUUAUUUUCUUUUGUAUAACCUGGGCUUCGAACUAUUUUGAAAAAUGCCAUUUUCUAAUGUCUCCUGCACUUGCCCGUUCUGAGUAGUGGAUUUCAGUUACUUUACCCUCCGUGACGUCUCUCCUAUAAAUCCAAAACUGAUCAGGUCCUGCCAGCUAUUGCCAUAUCUGAUCUAAUGAGCAGUACAAUGCAGACUUUUAUUUGAGCAAUGGCACUCGGAACAAUUUGCAAAUAUCAGAAAAAGGGACAGUAAUGUAAUUUGCAGAUGCUUAUCUGUCCUCUUUAUUGUCUCUCUGUUUUUUGCUUUUAAUUCUGUACACUCUCAAUCUCAUCAAUCUCAUCUCCAUUCCAAUAUAAAAUUCACCUGCCUCUGCCAAUAAUUUCUCUGAUGGUCUCAUGAAUUCUUAGCACCAUGCAGGUGUUCUUUUUUUGCAGUCUGAGUUUUUGACCCCCAUUCCUAGCACCCUUCGCAUUGGACGAUCCUUAAGCUGGGGGAACACAAAGCGAUUUUUUCAGGAAUAGCGGCUUGAAACCUGGCUCCAGGAGACCUAGUUUGCUGUAUCAAACCCCAAGUCUCCCAUGGUGUGCCAUGCAGUGACCUGAAAUCUAGUCUCCUGAAACCAAGUUCCAAGCCACAAAGUGGCUCUGUGUUCCCUCAGUUCAGCAUCCUCCCUUACUACUAACAAUUACAAAACAUGUCCACACCACCUAGAUAACUGUCAAAACCUGGUAACCACUGGGUUUCAGUGCGUGUUGGUGGUGCAUCAUUUAGUUAGCAUGGAUAGGAUCGUAGAGAGGCUGUUUUCUGCCAGCAAUCCUAACUGGGGCUGACAGAGACCUAAUUCAAUCUGGGUUGAUCUGCCAGUGGAAACGCUUGGUUUCAAGGUGGGCUUGCAUGAGAUAUUAAGGCUAUUUUUUCAUGAUGACAUUGGCGCUUUUGCAUAAAUACUGUAUAAGUACAAAAUAACUUUCUCUGUUCUGGAAUAAAAUAAUAAAUGGAACAAAUAAAUCUUUACUAAGA